AUGGGCAAUGAAGCGACGACCUCAAUCGUCUGGUUUCGCAAAGGUUUGCGCAUUCACGACAAUCCGGCGUUGUCUGAAGCUUUGAUAGAUGCGAAAAAUUUCGGCGGCGGCGACGAGAGCAAAAAAGUUUUGCCACUGUUCAUCUUAGAUCCGUGGUUUUGCAACGAGAAGAGCGUUGGAGCGAACAGAAUGAACUUUUUAUUGCAAUCGCUGACAAACUUGAACGAGAAUCUGGGAUCCUUAUUGUCGAUUGAGAAUGUGAACGACGCGAACAAUUGCUUAACAGUUGUCCAAGGAAAGCCGAAAGAUGUGUUGCCGAACGUCAUCAAGAAGUUUAACGUUUCCUCCGUAUACUUCGAAAAGGAACAAGUGGAACCGUUCGGUAAGCAACGCGACGAAGAAAUAAUCGAAAUGUGCAAGAAACUCAACGUGGAUGUGAACACGUACGCGUCGCACACUUUGUAUGACCAGGAAUUUUUGCUGAGUAAGGCUUCGGCGAAAGGCAUUCCUCCGAGCACGAUGGGCGCUUUUCAGAAAGUACUCGCAAACGUCGGCGAGCCACCAAGUCCAGUGCCGGAGCCGCCGAAGAAUUCCCUGCGAGUGAUACCAAACGCAGGAGAUGCUCUUUCGAAGGAGUUCAAAUACGCGAACGGUAUACCGACCCUGGAGGAUUUGGGAUACAAGGCGAAGAGUCUUUCGUUCAAAGGUGGUAAAGGCGGCGAAACUGAAGGAUUGCGACGAAUGCGCGGCGCCCUGUGCAGAGGCGGAGACGGAUACAAAUACGUGCAAGAGUUUGAUAAGCCACAGUCGUCGCCGUGUCAGUUGUUCGCAAAAGAGAAGGGCAGCGGAAAAGCGUUGAAUCCGUUUGAAAUGGCGAAGAAAGCUUCUUCUUCUUCUUCUCCAAAAGAAGAGUCGUUGUUGUGGCCUUCGACGACGGCACUUUCGCCGCAUCUUAAGUUUGGUACUGUUUCGGUACGACAGUUUUAUUUUGAGUUGCAAGAUAUCUUGAAGAACGAGCUGAAAGGAAAACACACGAAUCCUCCGACGAGUUUGAUGGGCCAGAUUUUAUGGCGCGAAUUUUAUUAUGUCAACGCGUGCGGUACCCCGAAUUACGAUAAAAUGGUCGGUAACAGAAUAUGCAAACAAAUCAAAUGGAAGCACGAUCCAGAAAAUCUCGCCAAGUGGGAAAACGCGCAAACCGGGUUCCCUUGGAUCGAUGCUGCGAUGACGCAGUUGAAAGAAGAAGGCUGGAUGCAUCAUCUGGCCAGACAUGCCGUGGCGUGUUUUUUGACGCGAGGAGACUUGUUCAUUUCAUGGGAGGAAGGCGCCCGGGUCUUCGAUAGAGACCUGGUUGACGCAGACUGGGCUUUAAACAACGGAAACUGGAUGUGGUUAUCGGCCUCCUCGUUCUUUUAUCAAUACUUUCGCGUUUACGGCCCACAUUCAUUCGCCAAGAAAUACGAUAAAGAAGGAGCGUACGUGAAACAUUUCUUGCCGGUGCUCAAGGACAUGCCUUCAAAAUACGUUUACGAACCUUGGACGGCACCUUUGGAAGUUCAAAAAAAAGCUGGAUGCAUUGUCGGCGUGGAUUACCCGAAACCGAUGGUUGACCACGCCAUAGCUUCGAAACAGUGCAUGGCUUGGAUGAAUGAAGCGUACGCGGCUGGGAAAGAAAAGAAAUCUGGGGGAGAAGAAAAGAGUAACAAGAAAGCGAAAACGAAAUAG